GCCAGUUGGUGAUGGAUAAGUUGUCAUCUAUUAGAUUGGAGGAUUUACCUGUGAUAAUAAAGUUCAUUCUUCAUUCCAUAACAGCCAUGGAUGCACUUGAGGUAAUUUCUGAGCUUCGGGAGAAGUUGGAUCUGCAACAUUGUGUUUUGCCAUCACGGUUACAGGCUUCUCAAGUAAAGUUGAAAAGUAAAGGACGAGCAAGUUCCUCAGGAAAUCAAGAAAGCAGCGAUCAGAGCUGUGUUACUCUCCUCUUUGAUGUAAUAAAAUCAGCUAUUAGAUAUGAGAAAACCAUUUCAGAAGCCUGGAUUAAGGCAAUUGAAAACACUGCCUCAGUGUCUGAACACAAGGUGUUUGACCUGGUGAUGCUUUUCAUCAUCUAUAGCACCAAUACUCAGACAAAGAAGUACAUUGAAAGGGUGCUAAGAAAUAAGAUUCGAUCAGGCUACAUUCAAGAACAGCUGCUCCAGAGUACAUUCUCUGUUCAUUACUUAGUUCUUAAGGAUAUGUGUUCAUGCAUUCUGUCUCUGGCUCAGAGUUUGCUUCACUCUCUAGACCAGAGUAUAAUUUCAUUUGGCAGUCUCCUAUACAAAUAUGCAUUUAAGUUUUUUGACACGUACUGCCAGCAG